CUGCCUUCCACAGAAGCAGGUUUCCCAUAUGCGUCGCUUCAGACUCCGCCAGGUGAUCGAUGGAUCUCCAUCUCUUCAACUGAACAUCACUGGAAGUCUAAAGUGAGGUGGGCCAUGGGUCCGGCGUGGGAACAUCGACGACGAUCGUAACUGAAGUGUUCGGCGGAGCCAGGGCACGAUGAGCGCAGGGUACAAAGACUGACAAGUGAUCUACCUGGUGCUUGAAAAAAGUACUGAAGAAAAAGCAGGUAUUCGAUCAACCACCCGUCAACCCGUGCCAUCACAGCGAGGGCUCCCAGGGAGGUCACCUUCUUGCACACGGUUGUAACGCGCAAUAAGAGACGAUGACGACCGUUACGACAAAUAAAUCAGAGCUGGAGCUUCACAAACUCCUUGAACGAGCAGUCCUUCUCUCCUACUACGACAAAUUCAUCGAGAUAGGCGGGGACAACGUUCAGCAACUUUUUGACUCGACGGCGGAGGAUUUCCAGGAAGUGAUUGACCUCGUUGAUAUGGCCACAAAGCCAUUUCACGUUAAGAGACUGAAGAAAGCACUGGGCCAGUGGACAGCACAGUCAGUCGCGGUAGCGUCCAGUGCGGCCGACGAAUCAGAAGGCGAAGUUCACGAAUUACUUCGAGAAGCGGAUCUUCUCUCCUACCACGACAAGUUCAUCGAACUGGGCGCAGACAAUGUGCAGCAGCUUUGUGACUCAACCGACGAAGAGUUCCGGACACUCGCCGAGCACGUAGGCAUGGCCAGAAAGCCCCUUCAAGUGAAAAGAUUGAAGAACGCACUGAAACAGUGGUCAGGCCAUGCAGGUAAUUGGAGAAAUCUCGGGUUCUGGACAUCUCCCUCGCCAGGGACGCACCAAGUCUGGGUCAUGGCAGUUUCUAGAUGCACGUGUCUCAUCGGUGCCAGCGCCGUAACGACGUCCAUUCCUUCAAACGAGUCGGAGCGUGAAGUUCACGACCUGCUUCAGCGAGCGGAUCUCCUCACCUACUACGACAAGUUCAUCGAGAAAGGUCACUAUUUUUCGGCAUGCUCGCUGAACGAUUUUUCUGAAGUCAGCCUCGGUGGAUCAGUGGUAUACUGCGGCCAAGUGCCUCGGAUUUGA